AUGUGGCGGUUCCACAUUUUUUCAAAAGUAGGCUAUCUUAGGCCCCGGGGCUAUGGUGCAGCGGCAGGGCAUCCAGAUUGUCACUCAGGCACCCGCAGUUCAAGUCCUAGCUAUGACAAAUUUGUAGAAAUUUUUCCUCCAAAUGGGACACUGUUGAAUGUUGAUUCUGUUGUCUGCCGGUCCGCCGCGGCGCCGCGACCAGUCUGCCGCCCGUGGCCCCGGCCCGCCUGUCCACCGCAGCGUCACCCAUCCACUGCAACAGGCCAACAGCUGCAAGCCGCUGUUGAUUUGAUUAAUGACUCUGUGCAUUUUGUCCGGGAUCAGAAGCAAGGACUGUCUUUCCGUGGACAUGAUGAGUCAAGUAAUUCUUUAAAUAGAGGAAACUUUCUUGAAUUGUUUCAAUGGUACAGUCAACGAAAUGAGGAAGUUUCAAAGGUUGUUAAUCAAAAUGCUCCCGGAAACAAUCAAAUGAUUUCUCCAGCAAUUCAAAAAGACCUUACGUGUGCUUGUGCCUCUGAGAUCACACUUUCCAUAAUUGAAGAUAUUGGAAACAAUGUUUUCUCCUUAAUGGUUGAUGAAUCUCGAGAUAUUUCAGUGAAGGAGCAAAUGAGAGUUGUUUUGAGAUAUGUGAACAAAAGAGGACAAGUGAUUGAACGAUUCCUUGCAAUUGUACAUGUAUCUGACACUAGCUCUCGUUUUUUGAAGGAUGCUAUCGAUGCUUUAUUUGAGAAACAUGGAUUAUCAUUAUCUAGACUGAGAGGUCAAGGAUAUGAUGGAGUUUCAAAUAUGCGAGGUGAAUUCAAUGGGUUGAAAUCUCUCAUUUUGCAAGAAAAUCCAUAUGCAAGUUAUAUUCAUUGUUUUUCUCACCAAUUACAGUUAGUUAUUAUUGCUGUUGCCAAGAGUAAUCUCAAUGCGAGUGAUUUUUUUAACUAUGUCACUAUGAUUGUUAACACAACGGGAGCAUCAUGUAAAAGGAGAGAUCAACUUAGGCAAAUUGAACAUGAUAGGAUUGUUGCAAUGUUGGAGGGUGGAGACAUUAGUACAGGCAGUGGUAAAAAUCAAGAAACUAAUUUAGUAAGGCCAGGAGACACUCGUUGGGGAUCACACUACUUGACAUUGGGUCGUCUAUUAUCUAUGUGGCCUUCAGUGAUUCAAGUGUUGGAGAAUAUUUGUGAUGAUUCUAGUUCUUUUGAUAGUAGAGGGGUUGCCAAAAGUUUGAUUCAGAAAAUGGAGAAUUAUGAGUUUGUUUUCAUGUUGCACUUGAUGAAGAUGAUAUUCGGAAUGACAAAUGAGUUGUCACUUGUGUUACAACAAAAGGAUCAAAAUAUUGUCCAAGCCAUAAGUUUGAUUGAGAUGCCGGAGAUGAAAGACAAUUGUAUGAUUGGUGGUCGUAGUAGACGUAGAAGGCAAGUCAUCACCAAUUUGCAUUAUUAUCGUGUGGAGAUUUUCUAUCAGGUUGUUGAUUCAGUUAUACAAGAGAUGAAUACUCGUUUUUCAGAAGUUGGCACAUAA